CGCGUAUGAGGCCGCAAGAGCCAACGCGAGCCUACCAGCCCGCCGACGCAGCGUCGCGUCUCGCGCCCGCUCAUUCAUUGCGCGUUCUUCUGCCGGACGGUGUGUCUUCCCGCUUCUCCCGUCCUCGUCCCCGUUCGACGACCUCGUCCCAGCGAGGCAGGCCGCGACUACGAGCCGCAGGUUAAAGAGACAGACGAGAGAAAAGAGAAAGAGCAAGGCGUCCCCGAUGAGCAUGAGAUCCGUCGGCGGAUUCUGUUUGGCGGCGCUCUGCCUGGCCGCGACCUCCCUCGCCAAGGUUGAAACCGAGGACGGGGUCCUCGUGGUCACCAAGGACAACUUCGACAGCGUCAUCCAGGACAACGACUAUGUGCUCCUAGAGUUCUACGCCCCGUGGUGUGGACAUUGCAAAGCACUGGCGCCCGAGUACGCCAAGGCGGCGAAGAAACUGGAGGAAGCCAACUCACCUAUCAAAUUGGGCAAGAUUGACGCGACGGUCGAGUCGGAGCUCACUGAGAAACACCUGGUGAGAGGAUAUCCCACUCUCAAGUUUUACCGUAAAGGGGUCCAGACCGAUUACACUGGCGGUCGUCAAGCCAACGAGAUCGUAAACUGGCUACUAAAGAAGACUGGUCCUCCUGCCAAAGACUUGCCAACGGUCGACGAGGCCAAGAAGUUUGUCGACGCGCACAAAGUCGCCAUUGUCGGAUUCUUCAAGGAUGUGGAGAGUGACGCCGCCAAGGUAUUCCUGGAAGUCGGCAGCACAGUAGACGAUCAUGUGUUUGGUAUCACAAGCGCCGACGAAGUCUUCAGCGAGUACGGAAUAGAAGACGGGAAGGUCGUGCUGUUUAAGAAGUUCGACGAAGGUAAAGCUGUCUUUGAGGGAGAGCUCACGAUUACAGCUGUGCAGAACUUUAUCUCUGUAUUUUCGCUGCCUCUGGUUGUUGAAUUCAACCAGGACACGGCGCAGAAGAUCUUCAGCGGCGACAUCAAGAGCCACUUGUUGGUUUUCCUCAGUAAAGAGGCCGGGCACUACGAGAAAUACGUCGAGGGUAUUCAUGAACCGGCGAAGAAAUACCGUGGCGAGGUCCUGUUUGUGACAAUCGAUUGUGACGAGACUGAUCACGAACGUAUCCUGGAAUUCUUCGGUUUGAAGAAAGAUGAUGUACCCGCUAUGCGGCUUAUUAAGCUCGAACAAGACAUGGCCAAGUAUAAGCCCGACAAACCGGAGAUAACCACCGAGAAUGUCUUAGAAUUCGUUACCGCCUUCAUGGAGGGUCAGUUGAAGCGACACCUGCUUACGCAAGACUUGCCAGAGGAUUGGGACAAGAACCCGGUAAAGGUUCUUGUCGGCACGAACUUCCACGAAAUUGCCUUUGACAAGGAGAAGGACGUUCUCGUUGAAUUCUAUGCACCUUGGUGCGGUCAUUGUCAGCAGCUAGCGCCCAUUUACGAGAAGCUCGGCGAAAAAUACAAGGACAACGACAAGUUGGUCAUCGCGAAGAUGGAUGCCACUGCUAACGAGUUGGAAGACAUAAAGAUCACCAGCUUCCCCACGCUCACGCUCUACAAAAAAGAGACAAAUGAGGCUGUGGAAUAUAGAGGCGAGAGAACGCUCGAAGGUCUUUCCCAAUUUGUUGAAAGCGGCGGAGCGAUUGAUCAAGCUGCAGAAGAGGCUCAGGAAGAAGACGAGGAUGAUGAUGUGCCAAGGAAGGACGAGUUGUAAACGCACAUAAUCAUUAUUAUAAGAAGUAAAAUCAACAUUGACUCGUCUGUUAUAUUUCCUGCAUCCAGUCAAUGAACUCCACAAUUCCCCGCUUUACAGAAAUAUUUCAUUUCUUAUAAAGAUAAAAAAAAGAACUCGAUGGUACAUCCUCACACGUACACAAACACUGUUGUUAUUUUAGGAAUUAAGUUUAGGUAAAUGUUGCAGUGUACAAUUUGUAAUUAAGAAUUUACGUUCGCAGUUUUCCAUAGGGUUAUUGUCAUAACUGAUAAUCAGCUAUUAUCAAAUUGCGUACUUUCGUGACACGUAGAAUAACUUUAUCUUGAUAGUAAAGUGCAAAUUGUGUAAACAGGGAAUCAUAAAAGUCUGCAGUGUAUUUGAGGCGCGAUAAUAACAUAAAUAUACGAAUCCGUAUUUCUAUAUAA